AUGGAGGAUCAUAAGCAGACGAGUUUCACGUUUGAGAUAAAUAACUUCUUGGAAGGUUUCCUACGAACUCCAAGAUUCUCAAGCGGUGGAUGCGAAUGGUUUGUUGUCGUUUAUCCCAAAGGAGAUAAUGUUGAUGAUCACUUGGCUCUGUACCUGUAUGUUGCGAAUCCUGAAUCAUUGAGACUUGGAUGGAAAAGACGAGCUGAUUAUUCCUUUGUUCUGGUGAAUCAAUCAGGCGAAGAGCUCUUCAAAAUAAAUGAAUCGUUGUGCCAAUUGUUCUGCGCUCAGUUCUCAACAUGGGGUUUGGUAAAGGCCGUACCUCUUAAAAAGCUUCAAGAAAAAGGUUUUUUGGAGAAGAACAAACUGAGGUUUAAAGUGGAAGUCAAAGUAGUUGAAGUUGUUGAUCAAGGAGUUGUCACUGGGAAUGAGACGUUCGAUUUCAAUGGUUUCCACGUUCUGUAUUCUCAGGUUAGUUCAGUGUGCUGGAUUUUCGCGGAGCACCCGGACUUUGCAGUAAAUUUCAGACCAAAGAGCAAAUCGGUGAAGACAACAUACAUGAAUCUCCUCCUCAAUCUCAUCAAGUUACUGAACAGACCUCCACAUAGCAUAUCUGAGACUGACCUAAGCGACGCGCAGAGUGAAUUGAUCGAUCUUACAGAGGCGGGUUUCAAGCUAGACUGUUUGAAGACAAAGCUUGCUGAGGUUACCUUGGAGAGGAAGAAAUCAAAUUCUGAUGGCUCUCGAGUCCAAGAACUCGAGAAACAUAUUAAUAAUCUCAAAGUUGAACUGAACGAGGAGAAAACAAAGUCGAGUGCUAAAGUCUUAUCACUGGAGCAGAGAGUGUCGGAUCUUGAAAAUGAGCUUAACAAGAACACGGCCAAAUCUGCCUCUCCGAAAGCUUUUUCAUUCAAGGAUGUUGUUUACUUUUGGAAUACCAAGAGUAAAAGUGGUUAUGAAAAACUAGAUUGA